CUGGUAUAAUUGUCGCAUAAAUAUAUUUACGAGUGUAUGCUAAGGACCUAUUGGAAACAACGAGAUGGAACAAACCACACCCGAAUGCGAAAUUCUUGAUUUGGCAGAACAGCUGCGUACGGGCCUUGAAGAUGACACUAAGGAUUAUCUCGAUGUGUUUGCUAAAUGCAACGAAGUAUUAAAGAGAUUUGGCAAGGAAGAAAUUGUUCCCGUAGGAAGUUCUGUCGACGAUUCAAAGAUCAGUACUAAUGAAGACUUUGGCGAUGUCGAUGUAUUAGUUAUUGCUAAAACAAUCAAUUUAGAUGAAUCGCUAUUUGAAUAUGAAAGAGAUUACCCUUCGUUUUUACGGUUACGCGGAAACGGCGUCCAUGCUUAUUAUUUUGAUGAAAACGAUCUUGUAGACAAACAAUGGGUGAAAGCAAACGUUCUAAAAGACCUGCAAAACAGUAAAUUUUUCGUUUUAACUAAACUGUUUUGGAUUUUGCAAACAUUACCACUCUCGAUUAUAAAAGCAACAGGUGUUGGAUUUGAAUUUUCGUCCUUUGACAUAAACCCUAAAACCAUAACCCUAAGAAAUAUUUCUAUCGAUUGUGUACCUGCAUUUUCAUUUUCCGGAUGGCCUCGGCCUGCUAGCGAAUGGUUGCACAGAACUAGAUAUUGGCCAAUCAAAGAGGUUAUUGAAGAAAUAGUAAACACGGGUUGUCAAAUUGUUGCUAAGAGACCGUUGUACAUUCAUGACCCUGGUGACGAAAAUCGUUCUCCUGAAGAAAUCGAGACAGAUGUGAUUUUCCGGCUUUCGUUUUCUAAAUGUGAACUGGUGCUUUCAAAAACAAUGUCAAAAUCCCAACUUAUGCUAUGGAGAAUUCUAAAAGCUUAUCAAAAAGGAUUUUUACAGGUCAAGCCAAAGGUGCUGGCUUCAUAUCAUUGGAAGAAUGUUGUAUUUUGGAUCAGCGAAGAAGAAAACCACGAAUUUUGGAAUCCUAAAAAUCUACUAAAAGCAAUAGUAAAAGCACUUGAUUUUAUGAUUGAUUGCUUAACAAAAGAGUUUAUACCAUUUUAUUUUGUUCGGAUUGAAAAUCUUAUUGCUGGGUGCCGGCGGGAUAUGAUUCUUGAAACAUUGCAAAUGGUAAAAGAGAUUCGCAGUCAACCGCUAGAUGCAUUAAGGCAAUUCAUCCAGAACCCGCCCAAACGAGAAAAACCAGGAAAUCUCCCAAUAGCAAUUACGUAUUUUAACGAAUGUUUGGAAAAUAUGAAAAAAGUAAACCCAUUUGAAGAAAAUGCAACAAGUGAAGUAAAUAUAGGCGACGUGUUUGCUCUUCUUGAUUCUUGUUCAGACCCAAAGUACCACUCAUUACAAGAAACUCAGCGACAGGCCAAGGUAGGAUCGGGGGCUAGAGCAGGUAGAGGUAUGGUGUGGGCUCUUGGACACUCUCCGCCUUAA